AUGUCGCUUCUUGGUCUUGUUCCAGAUUACGGAAGCGAUUCUAGUAGUUCCUCUGAAUCUGAUGAAGGUGAAAGAAAUUCAGACGGAUUUAAAAAAGAUCUGGGUGGCAAAGAUGAGCAAAAGGAUUCUCAAAAUGCUCAAAUCCCACUUCCUUUGCCAACACUGGAUUUUGGCAAAAAUUCAGAAACAACCACGAAAGAACUAAAUCAGCGAGCCUACAAGGCGUCUUCAGUCUUUUUCAACCCAUUUUUAGCUGAAGAGAAAAAGAAACUUUCUGUUCUGGAGAAACACGUGCAACUUUCAGAGAGCAAGCCAGCGGAAGAGAACAAUCGCAAGAAACAAAUUUGUUUCAAAUUUCAAAAAGGUCGUUGUAGACUUGGAGAUAAAUGUAGAUUUUCCCAUGGUAUAGCGACAGGAUCUUCGAAUAUUAACCCUGAUCAUGAAAAGCCAAAAGAACCUAGUUUAGCACCAAGCUUCUCUAACGCAGCAUCGAGUUAUGAGCCAGAUGAGGGUGAAGAAAGCUGGGAACAAAAAAAGAAGAAGAAACGAAAGUCAGGAGUAACUGACUCUCUUGUUCCACCAAAGCGAGCUAUGGAAGCUUACGACAAGCAGCGGCUUAAUGAUAAACCCUGGACACAAUAGCGGAUUGUUUUUACUUUGAUUUUGUUGAGAGUGGCCGUUGAGCUUGGUGCAGAGCAUUUAUUGUAGACUUUGGCCUCAAGUCCCCUAAGGACAUAAAUAAGGGUAGACUAAACUUAUACUAAUUCACCAUUUUCACAAAGACCAUAAUGCACCUUUGUUUAUCUUCCAGAAUUUUGCAUAACCGUUGUUUCCAGUUUCUCCCGGGUAUUACAGUUGUCCCAAGAGCAAUCAAAGACAAUUGUUAAGCAAAAUUUUGGGGGAUAAACAAGGUGCGUUAUACAGUCCGGAAUAUCCCUAAAUUUAAGGACAGGGCAAACUGGUCACGCGACACUUUUCAACCAAUGAGAAGGCGCGCUUGUGUUUAUCAACAAACAAAUCAAAACAUUGCCCCAGUGAUCAAAAAUUUUCAAAACAACGGACGGAGUCGAACAGAAUCAGUCAUCGUUUCGAGGUUGUCAGGCAUAUUGUUAAGACUUUUCAUGAGGCAUACACAAUUUUUUUUUAAGUGGACAGCGUAUCGGUAGCCAUAUUGGAAGUGUCUCGUGAAAUAUUCAGCACAUUUUGUGGCUUAUUCUUCUUUUAUCUUUUAAACAACGCGAUGUAUAGUAGAGAUUUUGGUCGGUUUUCAAGGUAGGUGAACAAGUAUCUAUUAUUUUUUCGAUUCACAGAUUUUUUACGAAGUUCUAGAUAUUUUUCCUUGAUUGUCAUAUCAAUUAACUUUUAUUAUGUUGAAUGUGGGGAUGGCAGACAACCUAGAAUUUUGGUAGACAAUUUUUGUAUUCCCAGGUCCAAAACACGUACGUUUUCCACUCCCGGGUUUCUCACAGAAGCCAUGUUAUUACUUUUUUUCGCAUUAGUACGAGCCUUUGCCUUUUUUCUUUUCAAGGCCAAAACAACUUUAUUAGUCUUAUGGAUAUUCACGUCCAACAUCUCGCCUCACUUUGCCGAAUUUGCGGGGAUGAAAUUGAAGAUCAUAAGCGUAAGGUAGAUACUAACCGCUUUGUUUCUGAAAUGAACUAAUCUGGAAAGAUUUAAAGUUGUUGGAUUCUCCAAAUGUUGAAACAAGGCAAAUCUCAAUUAUAAAUGCUGUAUUUCGCUACUCAUUGAACAUGCACUGAUUAUCUGGGAUAAAUUUAAAACAUUGCAGGUACUACAGCAAGCAAAGAAAGCACCAGAUGCGUGAAGUCAACACAAAACAACACAAAAAAACAAACAAGAAAAAUUAAUAAAUCUGAACUACUUUCUAUUCUUGUUAUGAUUACUGGUUCUUUGAUUCUUGUCCUGUAGAAGUUAAUAGGUAGAACCAAUGCUGUUUUGUACGAUCUCAACAAAUUUUCACAUUCUCUCUAAGGCUAUUUUUACACGGGACGAGUUUGCUUCUAUCACGUAUCUUGCAAACCAUGCCAGUGAAGCCACGACCUCUGCGAUCGGUCCGGAAUCAGUUCGAACACCCCAAUGAUUCCUUGCAAUGAUUAAUGCUCUUAUUCUCUUACAUUACAUGUUUUCUUUGAAAUAUUAAAUGUGAAACCUAGACGAGUACUGUAAGUUCAUCUUUAAUUCUGUCCGACUCCGUCCGUUGUUUUGAAAAUUUUUGAUCACUGGGGCGAUGUUUUGAUUUGUUUGUUGAUAAACACAAGCGCGCCAUCUCAUUGGUUAAAAAGUGACGCGUGACCAGUUGGCCCUGUCCUUAAAUUUAGGGAUAUUCCGGACUGUUAUAGUCUAUGUGAAAAUGGUAAAUAACCGAAAAGUGUGGUGAGGGACAUUCUAGUCUCCAUUCCUAUAACAAAAUGGCUUUUCAAACCUCAAGUCCUUUAAUGACACAAUUAAGUGAGGGUAGAUUCUGUUUACAUACUGUAUACCUAUUGAGUUGAACUAGGGACUCUUUGCAUCACAUUAUUGACCUAAUAUUAAGUAAUACUCUUAUUAAGCUACUUUUUCAUCAUCUGUCAUCGGUGGGUUGAAAGCAUUAUGAAAUUGUCUCUUUCCCAUUAGUUUCUUGGUUUCUCUCUUUGUUUUCCCUUUAAUCUUUCAUAGUAGAGUUGUCCCUUAUCCUUCAACCACUAAGAAGAGAUUACUAAGAAACAAACCCGGCUUGUGGCUAGGAGCUAGAUACUGGAUUCCUUAUAUACUGAACUAAAGAGAUCAUACAGUGCAGUGCAGUUUAUAUGACAGCUUUUAAUAAUCCAUACAUUGGUAUAUUAAGAGAAAU